UCAGUGCCGCCAGUGCCAAACUACAAGCUCUCCAUGUCGAUCCCAGAAUGGCUCCAGGCAAUACAGACCUACAUGAAGAUGCUGCAAUACAAUCACACGGGAACACAGUUCUUCGAGAUCAGAAAAGCCAGACCUCUAAGUGGGUUAAUGGAGACAGCAAAAGAAAUGACUAGGGAGUCCUUACCUAUCAAAUGCCUUGAAGCAGUUAUCCUGGGGAUAUACUUAACGAACGGGCAGCCCUCUGUGGAACGAUUCCCCAUCAGCUUUAAAACCCACUUCUCAGGGAACUAUUUUCAUCAUGUGGUGCUCGGGAUUUACUGCAACGGCCGGUACGGCUCACUGGGCAUGAGCAGACGAUCAGAUCUGAUGGACAAACCUCUAACUUACCGAACUCUGAGCGACCUCAUCUUUGAAUUUGAAGACUCCUAUAAAAAGUACUUGCAUUCAGUCAAAAAAGUAAAAAUCGGAUUAUACGUCCCACAUGAGCCGCACAGCUUUCAGCCCAUCGAGUGGAAACAGCUGGUCCUCAAUGUGUCCAAAAUGAUGCGCACAGAAGUCAGGAAGGAGCUGGAGAAGUUUGCCAGGGAUAUGAGGAUGAAGAUUCUGAAACCCUCAAGUGCCCAUUCUCCGAUGAAAGAGAGAUCACGGGGUAAGUCAUUGUCCCCUCGCCGAAGGCAAGCCAGCCCUCAGAGACGCGUGUGCAGAAGAGACAAAUCGCCUGCGGUGGUGGACAAGAAAGGAGAACUGGCUACGCUCAACGAGGUAGGCUACCAGCUCCGCAUCUAACAAAGCCAUACGCCGGACAGAGGG